GUCCUCCACCGCUAAGGGGCGCUGCAGGAUCGUCAGGCGUGCGUUGACAUUGUGGUGGAGGAUGAAGGCGCGUUAAAGCAGGCUGCAGUGAUUUAACAGAGCGCCGGAGCGAGAUGCACCCUGAGCGCCCCUUUACAUGCACAUCCACAUGUGGGGUAAAAGCAACAGACGCAGUCCACCCCAGGCCUUUCCACACCGGACUGCUGCGGGAACUUUUCAGGUUCACCCUGCCGAGAGUGCAUGCGGCUGAGAGCGCAGAUCCACAGACUAAUCUCAGCUCCCUGCCCAAACGUGUGGGCAAGCCAGAGUUUCCCGACACGGGAUGGGACCGUAUUAAAGACCUGUUCCAGCCGGGAGAUGGACAGGCAUACCCAGAGGAGUUGAGGAGUGUGGUGAAGAGCGGUGUAACGGCAGCUGUGGUGGGUCUGCUUUAUGGAGGACUGCCUGCAGCCCACCAUGCCCGCGAGAGGUUCAUCCAGCUCAGCCAGGCGGAGAUCUUCAGGAACAGAGUGGACGCAGUGCGUUCGGCCCACAAUGCAGCGAUCAGAGGGUUUGUGCGGUAUGGCUGGAGGUGGAGUUGGAGAGUGGCUGCUUUUGUUACCCUUUUUAAUUCUGUCAGCACUGGACUGUCUGUGUACAGAGACAAAAACACCAUGAGUCAUUUCGCCGUGGCCGGAGCUGUGACUGGGGGCGUGUUCCGGAUGAAUCUGGGUCUCAGGGGAUUGGUGGCAGGAACGGUUAUUGGAGCUGCUUUGGGCGUGCCUGCUGGGGCUUUGAUCAUUGGCCUACAGAAGAUGGGUGGAGAGACGAUGCGAGACAAGAGACGGCGAGAACGAAGAGAACUUUUCGAGCUGAGGGUAGCUGAAUGGAAUGCCCGUCUACAGCUUACAGACGACCUGAUUGGUGAAAUUAGUGGGCGGGACCACGACGCUGAGGUUGACCUUCAUAGAAUUGAGGAGCUGCUUAACAAACCUAGAAAUGAAGGCUCAGCCAAGACUUCUGACAGCCAGUGACAAGAAGCCUGACUUCAGUGAUGGACUUUGUUAGGUUAUAACACAUUAAAUGUUAAAUAUUAAA